AUGACACACCCGGGUCCUCUUCGGGUAUUGGUGAUCGUCUCACAACGAAGCACCUUGUUCACCAAGACCCACAUUUCCCCGGAAGACCUUCUGCCUCUAGCCUUGCGGCUUUUGAAGAAGAGCAACAUCCGAAGAAUGCCAGAUGCGAUGACGGAAACAAGACUAUUGGCGGUUCAAAAAUGGCGAAGCCGUACCUUCCUUGUCUUCGAUAUCGCCAAUGCCCAUUACGAUGCCUCGCUGGGUCAUCUCCCUGAGCAGAAUCAACUACCAGUAGUGGUUGCACAUUUCAGCAAAAAGAAGUCGGCCUAUCCGGCUAGCUCAUGGGUAUCCCAGCGAGUGAAUCAUGAUGUCGCGAUGCUGCACAAUGCCAAUGGCUUUCAAGCGGUCCCGCCUUUCAUGGAGGAUCAUACCACGGGGGAGCCCCCAACAUACCAUAGUCCCCGGGAUAUCAAUAUGUUGCGAGUCAAGUAUAUCUAA